ACUUCCGGUCAAAAGCAUGGCUACGAUCGUGAGGAGCUCUCUGAACAUUUUUCCACGAUUUGCACAGCGACUUACAGCAUUCAGAGCUUAUCAGAGAACAUCUCUGGCUACAGCUGUUGCGACUGAAAGCAGACCCAUAGAUGAAAAAUGGACAUUGGCAAGCGCUGUGUGCUUAGAACGAUAUCCCAAAAUAGUGCAGCAGAAGACUCCUUUGGAAGACAGAAUCAGCAUUAAUCUACAGAAAAUAGAACUAGAACAGAGUGUUUUGUGUGACCAUGAAUUGAAACAUUUGGAGGACAUGGCAAAAAAGAAGCAAAUAGAAGCAGAGUCUGGUUCAUCAGAACCGUUAAAGGGAGGUGAGGUGUCUGCUGGACUCCCAGAAGAAACCAAACUCACAGCCGCUGAUUUAGAGGACAGCUGGGAAAAGGAUGCUCUUGAAUUUGUUUUGGAAGGAGGAAGUAGAGAAACAGCUGCUGACAAAGAAAAUGACCUUCAGUCUUUGAAUAGAAAGCUUGACAAGAAACUAUUUCUGGUGGUAAAACAAAGGAUUGGCGAUUAUGAACAUUGGAUGCUUCCUCAAGGCGACCAUCAGCAGGAUGAGUCGAUGAGAGAGACCGCUGAAAGAACACUCAGAGAGACUUGUGGAGACAGUAUACAAUCAAGGUUCCUGGGAAAUGCUCCAUGUGGGUUUUACAGAGAAAAAUUAUCAAAGACUUUACAGGAAAAACUGUGUGUAAAUGGAAAUAAGGUAUUUUUCUUUAGGGCUGAAUUCAAUCAAGGGAGCGUAAUUGUUAGUGACCGUAUUACUGAUUAUAAGUGGUUAACAGUUGAGGAAAUGGCAGACUACUUGGAACCAGACUAUUAUAAAAAGUGUAAGAUGUUUGUAUCAGAUUUGUGGUGAGGAAGUAAUAGAAACUUGAGUUAUCAUCAAAACAUCUUAAGAUUGAUGAACUGAAAUGAACCAAGGUAUGUGUUAAAAAAGAUGUCUACAUUCAAAGGACUAGGACAAUAUAUUUGUGCAAAAAUUCAAACCAGCAUUUUACACCUUGGUAUUCAGACAAGACCAUCGAUGCCGUUUUUGUGUAAUUCAGUGUGUAGAAACGGUUUUAAUUUCCUGUAAUGUUAUGAAGCUGUAACGCUGGCCAUUAUUGACACCAAUAACCCUCUUUCUGUGUGAUCAGUUUAAACUGAAACAACAAAACUGAAUGAUACUGUAUAUGGUCAUGCACCUUGGUCAUGUGAUACACUGUCAUAGUCAUGUGAUAAAGUGCAACAAUUUGAUAAUAGGAUACAGCACCCUGAUCAUCUAAGUGGACAAUGCAUAAAGUAAUUGUAUGCGAUCAGGGAUUUCAAAUGAUUUCUCUGAUGUGUAUAUUUGUUCAUUUUCCAGAUAUUAGAUCAGUAAGUAUGGAGUGCUUUUGACAUUCAAUGAAGUACUCUCUAAGAUGUAGUUUUCAACGGUUGAGAAUGUGUAAACAUUUAGUGUACAUACCGUAGUGUUAAUUUGUGUAUGAACAUGUGUCAAACAUCAUAUUAUAAUGUGUAAUAAAAUGAUUUCAAGUC